AUGGCCGGAAUCCAGUUGCCGCUCUUUGCGAGGGCGAGUGUGCGCAGGGAGUGCAAGUCUAGCUGCGAGACAAUGUUUUACAAUAUGGACAAGAGUCACAUUCAACAGACAAGACCUUUGGACUUGUCCUUGUACUACCUUUUGAGGAGACUUCCCUCCGGCUUUGACCCCCAAAGCACGACAUGUUGUGGGGAGUGGAUUCCAAGUGCUGCCUUUUCGUUUUCUUUGAUGGCCAAGGCCAGACCUGAGUCGUUGCCUCGCGGUGCUCGCGUCUGGCUGUUCUGCAAAACUCCACGCCUGCAUGCCCAGAACGAAGGCGAAAGCGGCACUAACACACAGCCGACGAGGCCCAAUUCUAUUUGUUAG